UCAUUCUAUCCCUUCAGCCCUGAGAUAGUCCUGACCUUUAAGUAGUCUAACAGAACAGUUCAGUAUCAUCUAGUAAAGCAACUCUUACCUGGAUUAAGAAAACAAAUAGUUGCAAGGUUUAAUAACAAAAUGACGACCGUUAACACCACUCAGAAAACCCCGAUCGUGGAUAAGGGUCUUGAUGCUCAAACCAUAAAGAAGCUACCAGGCCCGCCGGAGUUUACAGAAGAACUAAGAUUAAGAUCGGAGACGGACGGAGUACUCCUGGAGUCCUAUCUCAUCUAUGAACCUGAACACCAAGCUACCUGGUUUAAGGAUGAGGUUGCUCUUCUUGGUGCACUGGAUUUUGAUGAAAAGUAUCAACCCUUCCUGGAGAGAAGAGGGGAUUGGACCUACUGCGCUCUUGCUAUUAGGCACUUGUCUCAGGACGAUGCCGGAAACUACUCGGUUAGAGUGAAGAAUAAGUAUGGAGAAAAGGCGAAUCAUGUCAGAUUAUCAAUGAAGGAUGAAAACGCGCCCACUACUGUUGGAGUGAUUGAACCAACAUUUUUCAGAAAACCUUCAAGUCGUCAAGAGGGAACAAAAUUGCACUUGGAGUGUGAGAUUGAGGCAUUACCCCGACCUGAUAUUUCUUGGUCAAAGGGAGAUAUAAUUAUUCAGGAGAAUGACAAGUAUUCUUUCUACCGAGUGGUUCAACCUUCAAAUCCAAACAUUCACUUUGUAAGAUUAACAAUUAACAAUCCGAGUACAGAAGAUGGGGGUAAUUACAUAGUCCGUGCUGUGAACAGCGUAGGUGAAAAGGAUUGCACACUGGCACUCAACUUUGGCGGAGGAGUUGAAUCAGAGGAGAAUGUUCCAGCAAGGGUAUACGAACAGCCACAGCUGUUGCAACCAAACCCAGACACAUUGGUUCUAGAAGCGCACAUUCAUGCCAACCCAAAACCCAAAAUAUCUUGGCUCUGCAAUGGGGACUUUGUAAAGGAAAAUGAGAGGCAUAUAAGCAGACUGGAAAAAAGGGCCGACGGUCUCAAUAAAUGGACUGCCAGCCUAACCAUACUAAAACCUGUCAAGAGUGAUGCUGGAGAUUACAAGUGUAGUUGUAAGAACAAGUGGGGCACUGAUUUCACCACCUUUCAAUUGGGAUGAAUUAUUUUAUAUAUUUUUAUGAUAAUGGGUCUUUAAACAGGCCUGUGAAGCUAACUGGCCGGUAAGAAAUUCAGUUAAAAAAUAUUCUUAUUUUAUAAAAUCCAAUGUUUGGAUUUUUGCUGUCAAAUUGACUUGACAAUGAACUAUAGAGCCCUUCUCAAGCAAUUUUAAAUAUUUAAAGUUACACAGUAACGCAUCGAUUUCUUUUAGAUGUUAACAUUUUAAUUAUAUUUUUUUCUUAUUUUGUAUAAUUGUAGUGUAUACAACUCUGUAAACUUUAUUUUGAUUUAAAGUUUUGAAAUAAUAUAUAUAUUAAUGAGUAAAAUUAACUGAUGUUCAAAAAUCAAUUAUUUGAAAUACAACGAAAGAAAGAUCUCUAUGAAC